GUUACAACAUCGUGCGAGGAAUUUUAAAGAAAACAAUCUGUAGUCUCCAUCGUGUUUAUUUUUGGUCAGACGAGCGGGACUCUCUCCAUUUUAGCUAACGAGAAUAAUUUUCUAAACGGUAAAAUCCGAGAUGGCAUCAGAGGUCGAUAUGGAAUUAGCUAUACAAUUGGCCCCCGUGAGUGACCUGAAAAUCCUGCUUUUUAGGAACAGUCCUUCACCUUUAAUCCCUUUAGGAUUCGUAAAGUGACAUCAGUGUCGGCGAAGUAGCUGGAAGACCAGCACGAAUCAGGGUGAAGUUGCGUCCAAGUUUUACCUUUCAACCCACGCCUUUUUUCAAUUAGCAUAUUAGAUUACCGUUUUCGGGGGAAGAGCCGGCAACGCCGAGUUGAGUUGAGGGCAUCCCAUGGCCAUCGCACGUUUUCCCGGGAAGAGUGUGGACGCUAACUGGAGCUCCCCGACGGUGGACCGAUUUUUGUGCGUAAACGGGACGCCGUGGAUUCUUUACCUGCUAGAGGAGUGUGUGGAUAACGUCUGGGAGUACAGCAGCGUUGUGGUCGGGCUCGUUUCUAUGUGCUGCAUUCUGCUAUCCUGUUUGCCUCAGGUCCAUGAAUCCUAUCUCAAUGGUAAAGUGGAUGAGGCCAUGUCUUUUGGCUUCCUCCUCUUCCUCUUCAGUGCUGACAUCACCAAUUUUGCAGGCUGCUACCUCACCAGACAGUUGCCAAUUCAGGUGGUUGCAGUGAUUUUCUACAUCUUUUCAGACCUGAUUCUCAUCUCACAGUUUAUUUAUUAUAAGAUAAAGAACAACUUGAACAGAGAGAACCCUGUGUUGAAAUGGCUGUGCUGCCUGUGGUGUGGCGCUGGAACACUACUCCUUCUGGUUUUACCCAAACUCAUCAUAGACAAUAUUAAAACCUCAGAAUCUCUUACACCAACUUCAUCUAAAUCAUUGGAGGUUUCUGGCUAUAUAUGUGGAUACCUUGCCACUGUCUUCUACCUCUCAUCCCGCUUCCCACAGCUCUAUAAAAAUUUUCAAAGGCAGUCUACUGAGGGCACCUCCUACCUGCUGUUUGUACUGGCCAUGAUGGGCAAUGGGACCUAUAGCUUGAGCAUCAUAAUGGUCCUACCGGCACUAAAGGACUCCAAAAAGAAUUUCAUCUUCAAGCAUCUGGCCUGGCUCAUCGGCAGUAUGGGAGUCCUGAUUCUGGACUUCUUUGUAACAAUCCAGUAUGUUGUGUACAGGAAGAAUAACUCUGGCAGAAGACAUACACCACUCGCUGCACUGGAAGUAGAGCCUCUGAUGUAUGAGGAAGAUGAGCUGUCAGUCUUGGAGCAAACUUGAGCCACCCAGUCACCAUUUUUCUGCACAUUGUUUGAAUUCACUGUGUGGACUUUUAUAUUUGACUUUUUGUUUGCCUACUUUAACAUGACUUGAUGGUAUUGACUUUGAAAACAGCACAAUCCAGUCAGGUGUUACAUUGUGAUAUAAAGAAGGAAAUGCUCACGCUUCAAGGCUUAAUUUAAUACUGACUUAAUAGUUAGGGUAAUAUUUUGUACAUACUGUCGGGCCGAUGGAGAUAUUUAUUUUGUUAGAAUGACGACUAGUUGUGGAGUUGGCUGCACUUACAUCCCCAAAUCUAAAAAUGUGAUUGAGAAGUGCAAAGCACAUUCAAGCCCCUACAAAGACAGCAUGGCUUCUGUUUUCCCCCAUGGAGGCAGAUUGACAUCGCCAAGCUGCCGAAGUACACUUGUCCGUUAGUGUGCAGAUACGUGUCACGAAACACAAAUACCCUUCUACCCCUCGUCAAAUUAACAUGACAAUCAAUUAUGUUUUGCUUAUUUGAAGCUAACACUUCAAGCACUAGGUGUGGAUCUGGAUUUUCGUCUCGCGCGCCAAGACGCGGGCAGAGAAACUCUGUGUGGAGGCAAUUAUGUAAAGUACCCUGCGAUUGGCUGGCAACCAGUUAAGGGUGUACCCCGCCUCCUGCCCGAUGAUAGCUGGGAUAGGCUCCAGCACUCCCGCGACCCUAGUGAGGAGAAGCGGCUCAGAAAAUGGAUGGAUGGAUGGAGGCCGAUAACGUACUUAGUUGAUUACAUUCAAGCUUGAUGUGUGUGACAUGAUACUGUAUGUCCCCUUUAAUUGUCCAAUCCACAGCCCUGCAGGGACACAGUUGCAUAAAAUCUGCAGAUUUCUAUUACAAUACUAUAUUAUGUGAUAUACUGUAGUUCUCACUUUAUUUAUUUGAUCAUUCUGCUUGACAACAGUCUAUUUCAGCAUCAACUUCUAGGAUAGUUUAAAUUUUUGAUUAAUUAUUCCUCUUGAGGCGGCACGGUGAACGACUGGUUAGAGCGUCUGCCUCAAAGUUCUGAGGACCUCGGUUCAAUCCCCGGCCCCACCUGUGUGGAGUUUGCAUGUUCUUUGCGUGCCUGUGUGGGUUUUCUCCGGGCACUCGGGUUUCCUCCCGCAUCCCAAAAAACAUGCAUGGUAGGUUAAUUGAAGACUCUACAUUGCCCGUAGGUGUGAAUGUGAGUGUGGAUGGUUGUUUCUUUGUUUGUAUGUGCCCUGCGAUUGGUUGGCAACCAGUUCAGGGUGUCCCCCGCCUCCUGCUCGAAGAUAGCUGGGAUAGGCUCCAGCACUCCCGUGACCCUUGUGAGCAUAACCGGCUCAGAAAAUGGAUGUUAUUGCAUGUGACUUUUGAUGAAGAAUAUUAUUGCAGGUGACUUUUGAUGAAGAAUAAAUAGUUACAUCUGUUUAUAUUGAUCAUGAAGGCACGAUGACCGACUGGUUAGAGCGUCUGCCUCACAGUUCUGAGGACCGGGGUUCAAUCCCCGGCCCCGCCUCUGUGGAGUUUGCAUGUUUCCUGCGUGGGUUUUCUCCAGGCACUCCGGUUUCCUCCCACAUCCCAAAAACAUGCAUGGUAGGUUGAUUGAAGACUCUAAAUUGCCCGUAGGUGUGAAUUUGAGCGCGAAUGGUUGUUUGUUUUCAUGUGCCCUGCGAUUGGCUGGCAACCAGUUCACGGUGUACCCCGCCUCCUGCCCGAUGAUAGCUGGGAUAGGCUCCAGCACUCCCGUGAUAUAUUGAUCAUCAGCUAAAAAUAUUAAAUUAAUAAUACAAGGUUGUUGGCACUUUAUUAAAACAAAUUGAUGCCAUUUGUUUUUAAUGUUAAUUUAGUAUUUAGUUUUCUGUGGCCCUGUUUGCCUCUUUUGAGCUUUUGAAAAUAAGCCCUUUUUGAGAUUUGUCAUGCUUUGCCUGCCUGCUUUGCUGUUCUGGGGUCCAACAUGUCGCAAACCUUGACGUUUACUUUCUAUUUGAUCUUUUGUCAUAGAAAACCGGUUGUGUCUGCUUUAUUUAAAUUGGAAUUGGCAGUGUACUUUUUCACAUGGGGUGUGUGGCAUAUAGUGGAAAGUUGUUAUUAAAUAACUAGAUACUUUGCUUACAUAUGCAAUGAGAACAAACUUUUUAACUUUGUAUUUGUUUUGAAUAAAAAUUUCUGUAUUUAUUGUGCUGUAGGCCAUUUUUUCUGGCAUCUGGCUGAUGUUGGCAGAGUAUGCAAAUAAUUCAUGCUAAAAUAUUUGCUUUAGCAUCUUCCUGUGAGUUUAGGAUAGCAAACAAAAGAAGAUCACAUGCAGUUUUACAAAGAAACAGCCCAAAUAAUUAUGCAGUGGUCCUUUACAUCACUGCAAACUGAAGCCACAAUAAUAAUGGUCAUCCAGCUGUGGUCAGUCACAAAAAAGCAUUUUUUUUCUUUUAUGGUACAUAUUUUUCAUACAAUAUAAAAGACAUUUGAAGUGUG